AUGCAGCCAAGCAAGGGGCCCCCGGGGGGCCCCCAAAGUCCCCAAGAGGGUUUAGAAGGUCCUGGGGGCCCCCCGGGUUUUGCAGAAGUGUCUGGGGGCCCCUCUGAGGUGUACAUACACCCCACCAGGUCUACGAGCUCUAUGGGGGGAGCUGUUGUAGCAGUGGCUGAGGAGACGCAAAGACCUGCUGCUGCUGCUGCUGCUGCUGCUGCUGCUGCUGCUGCUGCUUCGGACAGCUUCUAUUCCCUUCCAAACCGCGACCCUAGGGGCCAGGACUUUCCGGGGUCCCCGGGGCCCCCCCGGGGGCCCCCCGGGGGGCGCCCCCUGGGGGGCCCCCCCAGGGGCCCCCCCCUGCGGGGCGCGCCCGGGGCCUACGGGGCCCUGGGGAACCAAAGGGCUCUGGGGGCCCCCUGGGCCCCAGGGGGGCCCCCCGCCGUGGGGGCCCCCUGGGUCUACGUGGGGCCCUCAGAAGGGCCCCUGGGGGGGGCCCCCACGAGGGGGCAGCAGGUGCAGCCAGUGCUGCUGCCAGCCGAGGGUUUGAGAGGGUACUGCUACGGGAGGGGGCCCCCCGUGGGGAGUGCCAGCCGGCUGAACAGCAGCAACAGCAGCAGCAGCAGCAGCAGCAGCAGCAGCAACGCAGCGUCGCUCUUUCGAUCGCUCUCUGCUGCUACUCGCAAACGCAUUUGGGCCCAUUUGGGAAAUGGGAGAAGUUCUUUUGUGCUGCUCUACAGCACUUCCGCCAUCCUCUUCUUUCUUUUCCUGCAAGAGUUGGUGUUUAACUUCACGUCUUUUAACGGACGCUGCAUCGGGCCUGUCUUGUAUCCGCCGUGGACGCAUCCUUCACAGCCGUCGUUGGUGCCGUUUGGGUACGGCGCCUGCGAGUCGAACCUGGGCCUGCAGGGCCCGGGAACUGCAGCAGCAGCAGCAGCAGCAGCAGCAGCAGCAGGAGCCCCAAACCCUGCGUGGCUGCUGCAGCAGCUUUUUCCCCACAAGAGAUGUGCCUGGGGUGCAUGCGCUGGCGACCGGGGCUGGCCGCCGCAGCUGGUCAAAGCCGGCAAAACUGCUGCCAGUCCUGCUGCAGCAGACUCCCCCAACCCGCGGAUUUUGCUGCCGCUGGGCGCUUUGGACACGAACUUGAUUCGAAACUACGGAGAAGUUUACAGAAUGUGGGGGUUUUGGCGCUGCCUCCUCACCUGGGUUAUCAGCGCCAUGGGGGGAAAUACCCUCAGCGCAGUUCUAGACCCUUGCACCAGCACUGUGGGGUCUUCGGGGGCCCUUUACGGGCUUUUGGGGGCCCUCGUGCCCUUCGCAAUCGAAAAUUGGGAUUACCUCCACUUCCCCUGGUGUGUCCUGGCGAUUGUUGUCGUCGUUAUUGCCACGGCCCAGCUGACCAAUAUGGGCGGUUUCUCCGCUGUAGACAACUUCGCUCAUUUGGGCGGCUGCCUGGGGGGUUUGCUUGUAGGGUUUGCGACAAUAUAUUCCCUUCGGGCCCUCAGGAGGUUUUCGCUCUCCGUCUGGUGGGCGCGGGUGCAGCUGCGCUGCUGCCACCGCUGCAUUUCAGCAACGAAGCGCAACAUGUUGGCUAGCCGUAUCAGGAGACACGAAGCCAGGACACGCGCGGAGCUGAAAGAACUGCCCGCAGAUGGCCCCCCGUUUGUGUGGAAGUGUUAUGAGGGUUUUCUAGAGUGGACUGUUCGCUUGCUCGCUCUUGGGUUCUUGGUGGCGUCGCUGACCGUGCUGUGGCUGUUUCUCCUAAACCCUAGCUACUACGAAACCCUCACGGCCCCCGGGCGAAUCUCCUUUUUAGGGUCUGCGGGAUGUCACUGCUGCCGCUUGCCGACAGCAGCAACUCUGGCCAAAAGGGGGGGCUCGGCGAUGCGGGCCUCCGAGUCUGCCUCCGUGCCAGAGACCGAAACUGCAACAGCAGCAGCAGCAGCAGCAGCAACAAUUGCUGCUGCUGACGAAGACUCCCCCAAUCCUUUCUCCACUGUCUCCCCAGACACUUCAACUGCAGCAAAUGGGUUUUUAGGGUCUGAAGACCCCACAGCAGAGGGGGCCCCCCGGGGUUUGGCCCGGGGGGCCCCCAAGAGGGGCCCCCCGUGGGGCCGCCGGGAGGCCCCGUGGGGCCCCCACGGGGGCCCCCACGGGGGCCCCCACGGGGGCCCCCACGGGGGCCCCCACAGGGGGGCCCCCAGGGGCCCCCUCAGGGGCCUCAGCAGACCCCGGGGGGGCCCCCUGGGGGCCCCCCUCAAGGGCCUCGCGCUGCUGGGCAAAAGAGCAGCAAUAGCUUUGUCGAUUGCAGCAUUAUUUGUUGCUGCUCUUUUUAAUGCGCGGAAGGCCAGCAGGGAGCUGCUGCUGCAGCAGCAGCAGCAGCGGAUGCAGCAGCAGCAGCAGCAGCUGGAGCAGCAGCAGCAGCGCUUGCAGAGGCUGCAGCACACGGAACUGAUGCAGCAGCAGCAGCAGCUCCAGCUCAAGCAGCAGCAGCUGCUGCUCGAGAUGGAGCCGCGCCAGCAGCAGGAACAAGAGCAGCUGCAGCAGCCGCAGCAGCUCGAGCAGCAGCACGCACAAGAGCAGCAGCAGCAGCAGCAGCAGCAGCAGCAGCAGCAGCAGCAGAACAUGGGAAACAGGGAGACAGAACUCAAAGAGGACAGCCAGACUGCAGCAGCAAAUGCAGAAAGCAGCAGCACAGAAAAUGCAGGCGAAGUCCGAGCAGCAGCAGCAGCAGCAGCAGCAGCAGCAGCAGGCAUUAGCCCCUGGCCACCAGACGCCGUCAAGAGAGGCAUAAUGUCGAACCAGGCGCUGCAGUACGUGCUGGACAGCGCGCGAGCUGCGCAGAUUAGAGAAAAGGGUUUGGAGGGGACUUUAGAGGAGACAGUGGAUUUGCGGGAUUGUCGAGAUGCAGCAGCAGAAGCUCGUUUGGCUUUGCUGCUGCAGCAGCAGCAGCAGCAGCAGCAGAUCUUCACCUACGAGCAGCACCGCAAGAUCGAGGCCGCCAUCUCCAUUCUCUCCAGCAGCAGCAGCGCAGCAGCAGCAGCAGAUUCGUACGCGACUUUUUCCGUGCGGGACUUCCACUGCUCCGCAGCAGCAGCAGCAGCAGCAGCAGCAGCGGGCCCCGCAGCAGCAGCAGCAGCAGCAGGCCCCGCAGCAGCAGCAGCAGCAGACUUCCGCUGGAACCGCGUCCUCGGAGUCACUGACAUCUCCGUUGUCUUCGAAGUCGAGGCCCUAGACCCUGUCAUAAAGGAGACAGUUGGGGGGGCCCCCCUGGCGAUGUCUUUGCUGCUGCAGCUGCAGCAGCAAGAAGAACAGGCCAGAGACACAAGUGCGGAGGAGAGCGACUACGAGGAAGCAGCAGAGCCUGCUGCUGCUGCUGCCCGCGCAGCAGCAGCAGCAGCAGCAGCAGCAGCUCGCAGCGGCGCCUGCGGCCACCACGAGGACCACCAGCAGCAGCAGCAGCAGCAGCAGCAGGCUGGCGCGGAGCAGCAGCAGCAGCAGCAGCAGCAGCAGCAGCUGGAAGGCGAAGCCAGCGCGGCGGCGGCUGCGGCUGCGGGUCCGUGCAGCGGCUGGGUGGUGUGCAGCCCAGCAGCAGCAGCAGCAGCAGCAGCAGCAGGAGGGGUGGACUCGGGCGGCGCAGCAGCAGCAGACAGCGCUGCUGCUGCUGCUGCAGCAGCAGCAGCAGCAGCAGCAGCAGCAGCAGGCCCCGCAGCAGACUCCGGGCCCGCCUUGCCGCCGCGCCCCCCCGCAGCAGCAGCAGCAGCAGCAGCAGCAGCAGCAGCAGCAGAAGGGGAGGAGGAAAGGCCCCGAAGGGGCUCUCUGGAAGGCAGCAUUUUGGGAGCUUUGCUGCAGCAAGGAGAGACAGGAAAGGAAGCAGCAGAACGUGCUGCUUUGCUGCUGCCGCUGUACGGCGCGCGGCUGCUGCAGCAGGGAAAAGGAGACAUUGCGGGGACGGAGACAGCAAUAUAUGACAAGAGGGUUUGGUUUGGGCCGCGGAAGGAAGCAGACCUGCAGCAGCUGCUGCUGCAGCAGCAGCAGCAGCAGCAGGGCGCGCCGCUGCCGCAGCAGCUGCUGCAGUACCUCUUCAAGCGCCUGCUGCUCGCCCUCGGGGCCCUCCAUGCUGCUGGUUUGCUGCACAAUAAUCUCAACAGAGACUCCGUGGUUUUGUCUCUUCAAGGAGUACCCUAUUUGUCGGAGUUGAGGGCCUCGGGGCCCCCGGGGGCCCUCGCGGAGGCCCCCAACCCCUUCGUCCUCGCCCCCGAGCAGCAGCAGCAGCUCGAAGCAGCAGCAACUUUGUCUCUCACGGAGGAGACAGACUCUUGGCAGUUGGGGACUCUUCUCUUCUCCUUGGCUCUUCAAAAAAGGCCUUAUUCCAGGGACCAGCAGGUCCACUUUGCUUGGGCCCUUUCGGGGCCCCCCUGGUUCCUCAGGGGGGCCCCCCCGGUGGGGGGCCCCCUCCCGGGGCCCCCCUUCCUCGGGCCCCUCUCCUUCGGGGGCCCCCUCGCGGCCCGCCCGCCCGCACACCCCCCGGAGACCCGCAGGGGGGGCCCCCAGGGGGGCCCCCAGGGGG